GAUUGCAUUUCAGUCAUGCAGAAGUCGAUAACCUCAUUUUUUAAACCAAAAGCUGAGCCAGGCGACUCGAUACCUAAAAACACAAAAGAUGGCAAAGGUGCAGAGGAUAAAUUGCCUAAAUGUGAAAAACCCGAAGUGGUUAAAAAAGAACCGGAAGAAGAAAAUAAGCGACCAUCGUUGAAUACAAAAACCAUGGAUGAGCCCAUGGAACCGCUGCCCAGCAAGCAGAAAAUUAUUAGCUUAACUUCAGACUCGAAUGAGAGCGAGGGAACUGAUAUAUACAAUCCGUCAUUGGAAUUAUAUCAUCCCAUUAAUCAUGCAUACUGGCGAGCCGAAGGCGUAACUCCUUAUUUGGCGCUGGCCCGAACAUUUCAAGUGAUUGAGGAGACGAAAGGCCGAUUGAAAAUGAUUGAUAUAUUGAGCAAUUUUUUUUGCUCGGUAAUGAUGGUCAGUCCAGAAGAUCUGGUGCCGUGUGUCUAUCUCAGCAUUAAUCAGUUGGCCCCCGCCUACGAAGGACUCGAACUUGGCGUUGCCGAAACAACGCUGAUGAAGGCAAUUUGCAAAGCAACUGGUCGCAAUUUGGCGCACAUUAAAUCUCAGACACAGUUAAUUGGCGAUCUUGGAAUUGUCGCGGAGCAAUCGCGCGUCUCGCAACGCAUGAUGUUUCGCCCAAAGCCAUUGAAUGUGCGCGCUGUUUUCGCCAAACUCAAGGAGAUUGCAAACAUUUCAGGGCAGUCGAAGAUUACUUUGGUUUAUGAUAUCUUUGUUGCCUGUCGCCUGUCGGAAGCACGUUUCUUUAUUCGCUCGCUAAUUGGCAAAUUGCGUAUAGGCAUUGCCGAGCAGAGCCUUUUAACUGCCUUGGCCAUUGCUCUUGUUAAAAAACUUCACAUCAACGAUUGCAAACGUAUCGACAAAGUGGCCGAAAUUUAUAAAGAUGAAAUUGCAGAGACUACGCUGAUUUUAAAAACAACUUUCUGUCAAUGUCCCAAUUAUGACAUCAUUAUACCAGCAAUAUUAAAAUAUGACAUUGAGGAGCUGCAAGAGCGUUGUCCCAUGCAUCCUGGCAUGCCUCUUAGACCCAUGCUGGCGCAGCCAACAAAAGGUGUCCACGAGGUCCUGGAACGUUUUAGUGGAAUGCAUAUAACUUGCGAAUGGAAGUAUGAUGGCGAGAGGGCUCAAAUUCAUUUGAAUGAGCAGGGCGAGAUAAGCAUUUUCUCAAGGAACUCGGAGAAUAAUACACCCAAAUAUCCGGAUCUCAUUGCAAGAAGCAAGCCUAUCCUUAAAACUGAGGUGAAGUCGUAUAUCCUCGAUAGUGAGAUUGUCGCCUGGGAUAUAGAACGCAAGCAAAUUCUACCAUUCCAAAUUCUUAGUACACGUAAAAGGAAAAACGUUGAUAUCGAUGAUAUAAAAGUUCAAGUUUGUGUGUACAUAUUUGAUCUUUUGUACAUCAAUGGAAAGUCCCUAGUCACACAGCCACUUUCUGAGCGUCGAAAGAUACUAUUUGAACAUUUCCAAGAAGUCGAAGGUGAAUGGAAAUUCGCCACUGCCCUCAACACAAAUGAUAUGGAUGAAGUGCAGCAAUUUUUAGAGGAAUCGAUUAAAGGCAACUGUGAGGGUCUAAUGGUGAAAACAUUGGAUGAGGAGGCCACAUAUGAAAUUGCAAAAAGAUCAAGAAAUUGGCUGAAAUUGAAAAAAGAUUAUUUGUCAAAUGUGGGUGAUUCUCUGGAUCUGGUUGUUAUCGGUGGCUACAAGGGCAAAGGACGACGUACCGGAAUCUACGGUGGCUUCCUGCUAGCCUGUUAUGACACAGACAAUGAGGAAUACCAAACCAUAUGCAAAAUUGGAACUGGUUUCACUGAUGAAGAUUUGCGACAACACUCUGAGUUCUUUAGCACCAACAAGUUGAGCGAGGCCAAAUCAUAUUUCAGAUACGAUUCCAGCUUGGAGCCGGAUGAUUGGUUUGAGCCCUGUCAAGUUUGGGAGGUUAAAUGCGCCGAUCUAUCGCUUAGUCCCAUUCACCGAGCAGGUAUAGGAAUUGUGGAUGCUGAACGUGGUAUUUCGCUGCGAUUUCCCCGUUUUAUACGCAUCCGAGAUGACAAGAGUCCAGAGAAUGCAACGGAUGCAAAUCAGGUGGCCCACAUGUAUAGCUCACAGGAUGUUGUUAAAAAUAAUCAGAAAUCUAGCAACUCAAUGGAUCUUGAGAGCGAUUUUUAUUAAUAAAGAGCAAUUGCUUGCCAGAAACUAAAA